CUCUCUGUCUGUCUGCCAAUUCACCACAUUUUUUGCAUUCGCGCUGCUACUCUCGCCAUGUCUAAUUCUGAACUCAAGGAAGAGAAAAAGAAGCGCAAGAGGCAGGAGGAAGCUGCCGAAGGGACGCCCAAGAAAUCCAAAAAGUCCAAAAAGGUGGAAGAUGCGCCCGAUGCAGCAGCCGUAAAGGACAAGAAGAAGGACAAGAAGUCCAAAAAGGAAAAGAAAGCAGCUGCAGAAGAGGUUACCGAAACCAAUGGAAAAUCAGAAGAUGAGGACUUUGCCAUGGGCGACGACUUCGUAUCUCUCGGCAACGAUGAUAACCCCAUCACCGCGCCUACGAACGGAACACUGUCGCGCAAAGCUAGCAAGAGCGGAAAGAAAGAGAAGAAGUCCAAGAAAUCAAAGGACGAUGCUCCCGCCGAGUCUGCGCAAGCCGAAGAUGCUGGUGAAGUCGACGUGAAAGCGGACAAGAAGUCGAAGAAAGAGAAGAAGGAAAAGAAGUCCAAAAAGUCCAAAAAGACCGAAGAUGCUCCUCAGGGUGAAGUUGGUGAUGCAAUGGAGGUAGAUACCGUGCCUAGCGUUCCCGAAGUAGAGGCUGAAGUCGUCUCGAAGGAUGAUAGCAAGAAAUCCAAGAAGGAUAAGAAGUCCAAGAAAGACAGAAAAUCCAAAAAGGAAAAGAAGGCUUCCGAAGAGUCCAGCGAGCAGGAUUCCGCCGAAGUUGAAGCCGAAGACACUACGACCACCACUCCCGGAGAACCCACUACCAACGGCGACGCUACAAAUGGCGAUGAGGCUCAAGAAGGUGAAGGGGACGAGGCAGGCAAGAAAGGUCGCUUUAUAGUCUUUGUCGGCAACCUCCCAUUCACCGCCACGAAAGAAACCAUCGAGGAGCACUUCGCAAAACUCAAGCCCUUCGAGAUUCGCAUGCGUACCUACAAGGGCGACAACAAGUUCAUGGGCACCUGCUUCAUCGAGUUCGAUCGCUUCGAUCAUAUGCAGACCGCCUUGACAAAGUUCCAUCACUCCGUUUUCCCCGACGCCAAAAAGAAGGAGGGCAGGAAGAUCAACGUCGAGCUAAGCGCUGGCGGCGGCGGCAACACAUCAGCGCGCCAAGAAAAGAUCAAAACCAAGAACGAGAAACUCGCCAACGAGCGCAUCCGCAUUCGCGAGCGCCGCGAGGAAGUCGAGGCCAAGCAGCAAGAACGCAAAGAAAAGAAGGAAGCCAGGGCUAAGAAGAAUGCGCCGGAGGGCACGGAUGGCGCCGCCGACGCAGAGGAAGAGAAGAAAGAACCUGAAGCCGAGCCCGAGGUCAACGCCAUCCACCCCGCGCGGUUGGCUAUGAUGCAGGAGAAGCCGAAGCCGUGGUUGGAGAAGAAGCAGCAGGGUGGUAGAGGGGCCCCGAGGUUUGGGGGACACAGACAGCGGUAUUAA